AUGGCGCGUGGGUCGAUUAUCGUCGUACUUACCCUCAUUGCGAUCAUCAGCUGCGAAUAUCAAAAUGGGAUGGAAAACAGUAAGGAGAAGAAAACCGCGGCGCAGGAAAAAGAACGAGCGCGGUCCGCAAACCCCGGGCGGGAACGAGGCUCCUUUCAAAAGCUGUCGAACCUUAUGAACCGAACGGAAGACCGACGUGAGGGUAGACGCAGGGGAAAGAACAACCUCAACAAAAUUUUGCAGCUCAAUCGCAAGCACAAAGCUCAAAAUGAUGACAUGCUAAACGACAAUGAGGGUGCGAUCGCCAUCAAUCAGAAAACUAUAUCUGACAACGAUACGGAUACACUAUCAGACAAAAUGAAGGUCCUGCGCCGUGAAGGACCAACUUACGAGGCUGUGAACAAGUACAACUAUGUGCCCCAAGUGACUGGUGUGUUUUGUAACUUCGAAAUUAACAAUAACUCUCAAGUAGACAUGUGUAAGUGGCAGUGGAACUCUACCGUGUCGAGUCACGGACUUGGAUUCAAGGUUGUGACGGCGGCAGAGGUCGUACAUAUGAAUGAGACGACAAGAGGUCUCAAAUUUUCGGGUCCAAGCACCGACGCGGACGGAAACGUUAGAGGUCACUUCUUAUAUCUGCCCGUUGACCCAACUAUGGAGAACAUGGUUAUUAAGUCACCGCCGUUCCGUGGACUCUCCGAAUUUUGUAAGUUCGAAGCAAGACUUCAUCAGAGCAAGAUGCAGAACGCGAGCAUAAGACUAGUAUCGGAGUCUACAAUGUCAGAGGUGCAGUGGAUACUGCAAGAGGUUGCAGGAAACAACUUCGAAAUUUGGUAUCCAUUGCGUUUCAUGAUCGGAAAAAUGCAGCAAGAAGUGCGCAUAAUCGUCGAGGUCACGAGGCCCACUUACGUCAGCCUAACACAAAGCUUGCCUCACAUCGCUUUCGACAACAUCCGAAUGGUGGAAUGUCUACCAGAGCCCCCAGUCUUCAAUGGGGAAUGUCAGCAUAAGCAGCUUAAGUGCACUAUUAUGAAUAAGGAAUCCUGCAUCAAGUUGCAACAAGUCUGCGAUCUGGUCAAAGAUUGCGAUGACGGCAGCGAUGAAAAUCAAAAUUGCGAUAAAAUGCCCUAUGGCUCAUACUGCAACUUCGAGCAAGACGCCUGCGGAUUCGUCAAUAUACCACAACCGAUCUUAAAAUGGUCCCGCCACAGUGGGCCAACGCCGACCGACAAAACUGGUCCAAAUUACGACCACACCUGCGGUCCGCCCGAACAGUACACCACCAUCCCGGUCCCUCCUCCCCUGUUUCCUGCUCACAUGAACUAUUCCCUCACCCAGUGCAUCGGGUACUACUUCUUCGUGAACAUGAAUGUGACCGGUCCCAACAAGGAGAAGGCGGAUUUCGCGUCGACCGCAGUUAUGCGGACUGUCAUUUUCAACCCACCCCCGAAGGUGCAUGGUGAUAUACAUUCGAAGUACUACAACUGUUGCAUGAUAAGAUUCUACUACCAACAGAACGGCCGGAACUACGGGUCGCUAAGUGUGGACGUGGUAGAGAUCACCAACAGGGGAAACCACACCACGUCGCUUUGGUUCUCAACUAAAGACAAGGGCGAGAACUGGUACAGAGCGGCGAUAUUUCUUCCUAACGUUACUAGGAGAUAUUUCCUCCAAUUCAAGACUCGUAUGGGUAUGAGGAUAUACUCGGACUCCGCUAUCGACGACUUCUCGAUGGCCCCCGAGUGUUUCGGCCUGAAUAUUGACCCCAAAGAACUCGGAGAUUAUAACUAUUAUGAUCAAUCAUUCGAAGAGAAGACCGACCCUCACCCUGACUUUCUGGAUGUACCCUACUAUCGCUUCACAACGUGCGGUGCGACCGGCCGUUAUGGUCCCAAUCAGACCAUGUGCGACAUCGCUUACAACAACACGCCUACCUCCGUGACCGUCAUAUCGGAGCCCCCCUUCCAGGGCAUACAAGUUUGGGAAGUACCUUCAGAAGGGCUUUAUACUAUAAUAGGGACGGGCGCGUCCGGCGGGCUGGGGUCCGCGUGGGCGGGCGUGUCGCACGGCGCGCAGGUGCGCGGCCUGUUCGAGCUGCACCGCGGCGAGCGCCUCUACAUGCUCGUGGGACAACAGGGACUGAACGCCUGCAAGAAGACACUGUCAGCACAAGAGAGCCAAGAAUGUUCACGGAGACGUUUGAAUGAGUCCUUGCAGAUUUACACGAGCAAGACGCACGAGGUGCGAAACACCGAAGUGAACGACGGCGGUGGAGGGGGAGGGGGAGCUACUUUUAUAUUCUUAUUGGACAAGGCGGGCGGCGCGGUGCCGCUGCUGGUGGCGGGCGGCGGCGGCGGCCUGAGCGUGGGCGCCUUCCGCGACGACGAGUCGCAGCACGGGCGCGGACUCACGGACGACGCACCGGAGUCCGGCUACAUGUACGGACCGCCGGGACGCACCUCCGGCGCGGGCGGCGGGUGGAGCUCGCGCGGCGGGCCGAGCACGCCGGGGCACGAGGUGGUGCGCGGCGCGGCGCUGCUGGAGGGCGGCGCGGGCGGCGCGGCGUGCGCGGCCGCGGCGCACGGCGGCUUCGGCGGCGGCGGCGGCGGCUGCCUGCGCGGCGGCGGCGGCGGCGGCUGGCUCGGUGGCAGCACGAACGAGGGCGAGGGCCAGCACGGCGGCGGCGGCUGGUCGUACGUGGAGCCGUCGCGCAGCGCGCGCGCGCUCACCCGCGUGCACAGCGCGCCGCGCGCCGGCCCCGGCGAGGUGCUCGUGCUGCCCGCCAUACACAAUUGCGGCUGUGCGUACCGCUGUGUGGCGCUGAACGAAUACAGAAGCGAGGUGACUUGCUACUGUCCGUCUACUUGGAUGUCGGAUGUUGAUGAUCCCACUAAAUGCAUAAUGGAAAAGCAGUCUUAUUCUUGGGUGCUGCUGUGUUUCGGCGCAGCUUCUGUUUGCUGCUGCAUAUUGUUCGUGGUGUGCAUCGCUCUACAUUUUUAUAACAAAUAUCAGCGAAAGAAGGAAGAAGAACUCAACCAGAAGCGCCUUCUCGAGCAAGAAGUUCAACUGCAUCGUUUAAGGAAUGCUCCAGGCGGGAACGAGAAUGCUUUGUCUAUGGCUUUCAACCCGCACUACGGGAGAGAAAACAUCCUCCCUCAGGGUGUUGAUGUUAGGGGACUGCCAAAGGUUUCUCGCGAAAGCUUGAAGCUAGUAAAGGCAUUAGGGCAAGGUGCUUUCGGCGAAGUGUACCAGGGCCUGUACCGGCACCGAACCGGCGAUACGGUGGAGAUGCCGGUCGCCGUGAAGACGCUGCCGGAGCUCUCCACGGGACAGUCGGAGUCCGACUUUUUAAUGGAGGCCGCGAUCAUGGCCAAGUUCAAUCAUCCGAAUAUCGUGCACCUCAUUGGCGUUUGUUUCGAUAGGCAUCCACGUUUCAUCGUCCUGGAGCUGCUGGCCGGCGGAGACCUGAAGAACUUCCUGCGCGAGAGCCGGCCCAAGGCCGAGCGUGUGAGCGCGCUCACCAUGAAGGACCUGCUGCUCUGCGCGCUGGACGUCUGCAAGGGCUGCAAAUAUUUGGAAGUACAGCGGUUCAUUCAUAGGGAUAUAGCAGCUCGCAACUGCCUGCUAACUUCGCGCGGGCCGGGACGAGUCGUGAAGAUAGCGGACUUCGGCAUGGCGCGCGACGUGUACCGCGCAGAGUACUACAAAAAGGGCGGUAAAACGAUGUUACCAAUAAAAUGGAUGCCGCCCGAAGCUUACAUAGAUGGAAUCUUCACCAUAAAAACCGAUGUCUGGUCGUUCGGGGUGCUGCUGUGGGAGGUGUUCUCGUUGGGCAUGAUGCCGUACACCGGCUGCGGCAACCGCCAGGUCAUGAAUAUGGUGUCCGAAGGCGGCAGACUCAAGAGCCCCCAUGGCUGUCCGCAAGAAAUCUACAUUCUAAUGUGCGAAUGUUGGAACCCGACGCCAUCCGACAGACCAUCUUUCGCGCAAAUAUUCGACAAACUGCAGCGUUUCUUACAGGAUCCAGAAAUAGCGGGCGCUCCACUUCCAGUAUUCACUGGCGCGGUUACUCACACACGAUCAAACAAUGAAGACGAAGAACAGCGCGCGGCGGCCGGCGACUACCUGGUGCCCAAGUCGCCGCAGGACGCGCCGCCCGACGCCAGCUCAACGGAGGAAGCACAGGAGCCUCAUAGCACAUCGCCAACGGCAGCACAGGAAACACCAGAAACGGAGGAUUCACAAUAUCUACCUCUACUGAAAGCAUCACAAGAAUAUGGCAACAUUCCAAUUGCGUCGCGGGGCGGCACAAAGCGCGGCGACGCCUGCGCUGCUUCCGGCGCCGAGACGCGGACAAGCACAAAGUUACUGUCGUCUAACUCCACUGACAGGUUACUAAGUUCGGUCGAGGGUGUCUCGGUGGACGACGACACCGCGUUGGAGACGGACGACAGACCGGUGAUAUGGGAGACUUCCUUCACCGAGCCGAGGUCGAAGAGUAAUUCUGUAGACCUCAAACAGAAUCCCGACACUGGACCAGCCGUGGAUAAGCUCAUAAGCAUAACACCGACGUCUCCUAAACCACCAGAAAACGCAUUAUCAAUAGCAAUAGAAGCUAACGUUGUCGACAAAAAUCACAAGAACUCAUUAGUUGUAGAUCGGAAUACCGCGCCGAUCGCUUCACCCGAUCCGCCGCGAGUCAAUUCAUAUGUAAACAAGGAACCACCGAAAAUAGUGCCAAAGCCAAAACCGUUAUGCCUCGACGCUGCGCAACUAGAACAAAACCUGAACGCUUUAAAGAAAAACAGCGGUUCAGUCAACUUAACAACCAUGAAUAUUUUACCGCCAUACAUACACGUAGUUACACCAAAUAAACUUUCACAAUCGAAAACAAUACAAAUUGAUCCCAAAAAAGCAAUAAUACACGACCUGCCGAAGGAGACGGAACAGAAGGAAGAAAAAGGCAAACUAAAACAGUCCAGUUCGGCAGCUAGUUUGCUGAACGGACCUUUGACUGACGUACCGUAUGCGGACAGCGAUAAUGCGUCUUCGGGUUCAAAUGACAAUCAAAAUGGCGCUAAAAAGAAAAACAAGACAAACUACGGCGAAGUUUUUAUCGGUAACGGAAAGAAAUUUACGAAACAGGGUAGCAACGGCGGCGAAUUUACCGGUAAUACGGAAAUAAGUUGUUAA